CAUCAACCGCAUACGCACUCCACGAUGCGAACUUCGCUAUUUGCCCUGGCGCCUCUUGCCUCAGCUGCCUCGGCGGCCCGCUUCAUCUUGCACAUCCCCAACACGCCCCUCGUAAACCCGUCAUCGCUCCCAUCCACCACCCACGCAACGCUCCAGUCCUCGGGCGCCCCGCUAGAUGCCUACAUAACGCGCUCCAACUCGUUCAACUUCAACAAUGUCUCCGUGGGGAGCUACCUCGCUACGAUCCACAGUCGCGACUACGCAUUCGAGCCGCUCCGCAUAGAUGUUACGCUUGAGGAAGCGGUCGAGGGCAGUGGGGACCAGAGAGAGAAGGUGGCCGCGUGGCAGACAUUCAUUGGGAAUGAGUGGGAUAACAAGGGCGAAAGUAGAGGCGAGGGCGGAAACGGGCUGGUGAUUGAGGUCCAGCCUAGGAUGCCGAAGGAAUACUACCAGGAGCGCGCUGGAUUCUCCCCGCUGUCGUUCCUGAAGAAUCCUAUGAUCCUGAUGGGUCUUUUUACGCUGAUCAUGGUCUUCGGCAUGCCGUACUUGAUGGACAACAUGGACCCAGAAACUAAGGCCGAGUUCGAAGAAAUGCAGAAGAAGGGUGUCAUAGGUUCCGGUAACACCAACACCGCGCAGCAGAUACAGAACUUCGAUCUCGCUUCCUGGAUGGCUGGAAAGACGGACACACCUCCCCGCGGUACGAGUCCCGCACCGCACUCUCAAGGAAAGAAGCGGGGCUGAGCGGCAUCGUGGUCUUGUAAAUACGAAGCAGGAUGUCUUGCGACUUGAAUCAGGACGGACAGAGCUUCAGGAGACGAGACCCGCAGCGGCUGUUGUAACAAGAAAUUCAAUAUCAGACUCAUUUCCUCGC